AGGCGGCUUCCGGUGUGGGUGACGAGUGGGGGCCGAAGUAGAGGGACAUCAAGGGACGCUCAGGCAGGGACCAUGGCGGACGGCGGCUCGGAGCGGGCUGAUGGGCGCAUCGUCAAGAUGGAGGUGGACUACAGCGCCACGGUGGAUCAACGACUGCCCGAGUGCGAGAAGCUGGCCAAGGAAGGAAGACUUCAAGAAGUCAUUGAAACCCUUCUCUCUCUGGAAAAACAGACUCGUACUGCUUCUGAUAUGGUGUCUACAUCCCGUAUCUUAGUUGCAGUAGUGAAGAUGUGCUAUGAGGCUAAAGAAUGGGAUUUACUUAAUGAAAAUAUUAUGCUUUUGUCAAAAAGACGGAGUCAGUUAAAACAAGCUGUUGCAAAAAUGGUUCAGCAGUGCUGUACCUAUGUUGAGGAAAUCACGGACCUUCCAAUCAAACUUCGAUUAAUAGAUACUCUACGAAUGGUUACAGAAGGAAAGAUUUAUGUUGAAAUUGAGCGUGCUCGACUGACUAAAACAUUAGCAACUAUAAAAGAGCAAAACGGUGACGUGAAAGAGGCAGCCUCCAUUUUACAAGAGUUGCAGGUGGAAACCUACGGGUCAAUGGAAAAGAAAGAGCGAGUGGAGUUUAUUUUAGAGCAAAUGAGGCUCUGCCUAGCUGUAAAGGAUUACAUUCGUACACAAAUCAUCAGUAAGAAAAUUAAUACCAAAUUUUUCCAGGAAGAAAAUACAGAGAAAUUAAAGUUGAAAUACUAUAACUUAAUGAUUCAGCUGGAUCAACAUGAGGGAUCCUAUUUGUCUAUUUGUAAGCACUACAGAGCAAUAUAUGAUACUCCCUGUAUACAGGCAGAAAGUGAAAAGUGGCAACAGGCUCUGAAAAGUGUUGUCCUCUAUGUAAUCUUGGCUCCUUUUGACAAUGAACAGUCAGAUUUAGUUCACCGAAUAAGUGGUGACAAGAAGUUAGAAGAAAUUCCUAAAUACAAGGAUCUUUUAAAGCUUUUUACCACAAUGGAGUUGAUGCGUUGGUCCACACUUGUUGACGACUAUGGAAUGGAAUUAAGAAAAGGUUCUCUUGAGAGUCCUGCAACUGAUGUAUUCGCUUACACAGAGGAAGGUGAAAAGAGGUGGAAAGACUUGAAGAACAGAGUUGUUGAACAUAAUAUUAGAAUAAUGGCAAAGUAUUAUACAAGGAUAACAAUGAAGAGGAUGGCACAGCUUCUGGAUCUGUCUGUUGAUGAGUCAGAGGCUUUCCUCUCGAAUCUAGUAGUUAACAAGACCAUCUUUGCUAAAGUAGACAGGUUGGCAGGAAUUAUCAACUUCCAGAGACCCAAGGAUCCAAAUAAUUUAUUAAAUGACUGGUCUCAGAAACUGAACUCAUUGAUGUCUCUAGUCAACAAAACUACACACCUCAUAGCCAAAGAGGAGAUGAUCCAUAAUCUACAAUAAGCAUCCCGGUGCCUUAGUGCUUUUAGAAAAGAGUUAAAAUUGGAAGUCUUUAAAAAAAAAAGACUGUUAUGGUGUAUAUGUUGGGGUUUUUGUUUUGUUGUCUAUUUUCAGCUUCUUUGUCUAAAAUUUAAAAGAUAGUGGAUAUGUAGAUUGAGAAUAUGGAUAUCCAGCUCCUUUCAGCCCUUCAGUCCCCUGAUUUCAUUGUUAACUUUGCAUUUGCAAUUGGUGCAAAAAUAUAAUACGUUUCUGUUGUCUCAGUACUCAAAAAAUUGUGUCAUAACUUACCCAAAUAUGUUUUUCUAUCAUUUGAAACCUUUUGAGCUAUUUGUUUCAUUCAGCUAACAACCAUAAUUAUGAUAAAAGCAGGAUAUGCAUGUUUACUUUCUAUGGUUACCUGUGUUUGUGAACAUUUUGUGGGGUAAUGAUUUAAGUGUUUUUUAAAUAAAAUAAAUUCUGUUGUAAAGCUAUCAAUUAUUUAGUAGAAUUUAAAAAGAAAAAUAGAACAUAUAAGGACAUUUGGGAUAAAGUUGUGAUUUGUGGAGAAUUUGCAUUUUAGUAUUGUGGCAGAAAGUCUCCAGGUUGAGUGUGUACAGGCCUAUCCAGUAGGCUGUAGGCUUAAUUUUUGUUUUCUUUGAGUCAAACUGGUUUCAAUCCCAGUAGCCUUAUUUUCCCCCCUUUCUCUGACUUGACCAGUUGUUGAACAAAAUCAUCUGACAUCGUGUUGACACAGUUUAACACACAAAGUCAUUUUUAUAAGACUUCUUUGUGGCUUUAACUCGUAGGUGUAAUUACGUCAUUAAUGCUUCCAAUUCAUUCUCUCUUUAUAAGAACUUUCGUUCCAUUAUAGCAACACUGGCUAACAACCGAAAAUGCUGUAACAGUGACCCCCCCAAAAAAAAGACUUCUGGCCUCUUAACAAAUGGUGUAAUAUUAACAUUUUUUCACAGAGUUAAACAAAAGUAGUUUUACUGUCAAACAUUUGUGAUCAAUUAAUAUUAACAAAUUUUGGAAGUUUUUAAUUUGAUUUAUUUCAGAGAAAAUGGAAAAUGAAAUGUUAGGAGGUUAUUUUAAAUGAUGUUUAAGUGAGGAAAGUAUGAGGUCUGCUUUUUGAAAAAUACAAAUGAAGAGGGGAGAAAAGCGUUCUGGAGACAGCAUUUCUCAUAAUUCAUUUUCCGUGUAAUGGUCACUAAAUUGCCCUAUUUCAUGAUCCCAGGGCUGAGGACAAUUGUGGGACCUCUCCUGUUUAUGCCGAAUCAUUGUGAAUAAUAAGAUGGUACUAAUCUAAUUUUAUUCUUUGGAAAUUUAAUGUAUUGGUCACAAUAACGUCAACAUCUGCUAUCACUUAUCUUUAAAAACUAACCAAAGGUAUGGCAAGUUCUGAAACAUGAGAAGUUCGUACUAGCAAUAGGAAUAUGGUUUUAAUUUUCUUUUGAAUGAGAAGGAUAGAAAAUAAAAUCAUUUUUGCAUUGUUAAGUUGUAAAUCAAGUUGGGGCUAAUUUGAAUCUAGCUUCUCAUUAACUUCAUCUCUCUCGAGACUCAUUCCCCUUGUACUGGCCAAACCUAGUCUCUUUGGCCCAAUAUGAUGCUGUUGUAAAGAUUUCAGAUGCUCCCCUUCUUUGGUCUUUAUUUAACAUGUUCACCCUCAAACUAAACUCUGUGUGUGUUCUGAUUUGGGGCCAUUUGUGACUGUCCCAGUGACCAAAUCCCACUUGAUUAAUUGCUCAUCCAUUCUUUUUUUUUCUAUCCAAGCAAACAAGAGUUAGUACCAAUUUCUUAGUGUGACAAAGAAGAAUCCAUUAGCCUAGGGCAGUAAAAUAUUUGAGAUGUUCAGAACCCCACAUCCUCUCUCACAUUUCAGACCUAAAGCUGGCGUUCAUGAAAAGAACUACUUUGUGUGAAGUAUGAAGGAGAUCAUACUUGACUCGUUAUCAUUUUUAUUAGAUUACUAACCAGCAGGAGAGGUGAUGAGCCACUGUUUCUUCGUGUUUUUUUUUAUGAAACACCUUUUACCCUUUUAUUUCUAUAUAAUUUCUUUUUAUUUUAGAGUUCGAUAGCUAUUUCUGUAGUUAUCCUCAAUUUCCAUAUGCUUAUUAUUGAAUUAUUGAAAAACUCAUCUUUAAAAUUCAUACCGUUCCAUUCUAUCUCUUAUCAGUGUUAAAUGUAUGAUAAAAGUACAUAUUUUAAGUUGUUUUCAGCUCCUGGAUAUAGCUGCAAUAAAAAGCACUAAUUUGUGGGUGUUGAAGAAAACCUGGAGAAUAAACUCAUACUUUAAAAGA